CUGGUUUCAGAAGAUGCAUGCAAAGGUCGCGGGGCCGUCAUUCAUCGUGACAAAGGGGAGGAGCGAAUUAACAACUACCACCCUGUUCUUCUCAAGCUCCUUCGCUGUAACAUGGACAUCCAACCAGUCAUUGGGGUUGCGGCGGUGGCAUUUUAUAUCGCAAAAUACAUCGGCAAGAAUGAGCCUGAGACGCUUAGGAAUGACAUUCGGCACACAUUACAAACUCUUCGAGACAGUCGGCAACCAGUCCGCGUUCAAAUGGAGAAGGUGUCGCGACUUCUGCUGAGUCGCCGGACAGUGGGAUCCCAAGAAGCCGCCUACCGCAUGACCAAUCUUCCCAUGCGACACACUUCGCGUGGGUUCGUCUUCAUCCCGACCUACCUCCCAGGCGAACGCAUCCGGUUGCUGAAGAAAAAUGCUUACUUGGAAAGAGAAGAGGUGCAAUUUGCAAGUAACAUUAUAGAUAAGUACUGCCAUCGUCCGGAUGAUUUGGAACGCAUAUCCCUAUAUGAAUUUGCCUCAAAGUAUCGCCCGGUCAGAAUUCAGCAGCAAGCCGACGAUGAUUUGGACGAGGGCGAGGAGCAGGCGCAACAGACGCGGGGGCGCCCAGCCGGAUCACGCCCUUUCUAUCUGAAAGACAGGAGAAUGGGAAUGUGGAAGGAGAGAGAGAAGUUUGCCAUCAUCAAGAGUCCCCCAUUCCACAGUGAAUCUGACGCCGCGAACUUCGUCUACAGUCACUUGCUCCUUUACGUGCCAUUUACUGCGGAGAAUUUCAUGACCGACGGAGAAUCUGUUGAAGAAGCCUACGAAAAGCACAAGGGCAGCCUUCGGACCACUGCUGACUUCCCCCUCAUUCGACCCGACAUGGAACAGGCCCUCGAAACAGCAAUUCUUCAUGCUGCCGAUCUGAACCAGCUUAGCGAACUCGAGGAGGAAGUUAUACUUGACCGGGAGGAAAACUUCGCGGACCACCCGGAUAUUUAUAAUGCAAGCAAUGUUUUGCCAGCUCAAGAAGAGUACGCGAUACCUCUACUGGACGAGGUCAGCUUCCAACUUGAAAGGUCCAAGAUGAAUGGAGACCAAAAAGCCAUUUACGACAUGGUUGACGAGCAAAUCGGGAAUCCCAGUCGAGGACAACUCCAACUCUUCAUUUCCGGUGCAGGAGGGACGGGAAAAUCAUUCCUGAUCGGCUUGAUGUCCAAUCUCAUUCGCACCAGUGACCACGGCCCAGGACUCGACGGUUUAGUGUUGGCAGCUCCGACAGGAAUAGCUGCUCUAAACAUAAAUGGACAAACUUUUCACCUUGCUGUGGAGUCUGGAUCAGUGCCCCCUUACGCCUCACUUGGGGCACAGAUGCUUCAAAAAAUGAGGGACAAGUUUCGAUACGUUGAUUGGGUCAUAAUGGAUGAAGUUUCCAUGAUCUCUUAUGAGGUAUUCAAGCAAGUUAGCCGACGGUUAGGGGAAUGUUUCGACAAUACAGAACCAUUUGGUGGGAAAAAUGUCAUUGUGGUUGGCGACCUAUUCCAGCUGGAACCUGUAAACGGAAGUUGCAUUUAUGAUCAGCCGGUGACGUCAGGGGCAGAGGAACAUCUUUGGCGAAACUUUGCCUUCCGUGAACUUACAGUCAACAUGCGUCAGGGUCUUGACCCCCUCCUGCACAUCUGUAACAACCUUCGCGAAGGCAACAUAACGACUGACGACCUCCACCUUCUCCGAACUAGGGAGUUCAACGAAGCAUCCAGCAAAGAGAUGAAGGAGAGUUUCAGAAAUGCAAUUCGUAUCUUCCCUACAAGAAGUCAGGCAGCAGAAUAUAAUCGUCAUAGUACAAAUAUUCUGAAAAAUGACCCAAAUAUCUCUGUCUACAAAAUCAAGGCCAGGGAUACAUUCUUCACAGGAACCAAGGCUGGUUCCCGAGCUCCGUUGGCAUACAGUUAUAGGGACAGCAACCUGUGUGGGGGUUUUCAAGCAUCGAUUAAAUUAGCCGUGGGAUCAAGAAUCAUGGUGAUCCGCAAUUCUCAGACAAACAGAUAUCUGGUUAACGGAUCGCAUUAUAAAUAUCCGGGUGGUCCGCGAAGUUUUCCUCCCGGUCAAGUAUAACUUCCUCCUCGAGUUCGCUAAGCUGGUUCAGAUCGGCAGCAUGAAGAAUUGCUGUUUCGAGGGCCUGUUCCAUGUCGGGUCGAAUGAGGGGGAAGUCAGCAGUGGUCCGAAGGCUGCCCUUGUGCUUUUCGUAGGCUUCUUCAACAGAUUCUCCGUCGGUCAUGAAAUUCUCUCCAUCAAUCAUCCGGACGAUGGGAACAGUCGUCAACUUUAAGUGGGAGGAGUUGGCGAGGGAGCAGCAUCACCAAGGUGACCUGCCAUCGGGCGUCAUGGUGAAAUUUGACGAUUGGCGUAUUGCCGGAACAAAGGACGGCUUAUUCGAGCUGAAACCUGUCGAUGUCGUGUACACCGGGAAACAAAAGCAGGAAAUCCAACGGCGGAUGCUUCCUAUUGUUCUUUGCUGGGCCGUGACCGUGCACAAGGUUCAAGGGAUCACCGUUGACCGUGCAGUGGUGUAUUUGGGAGCCGAGGUCUUUGCUCACGGGCAGGCAUAUGUUGCUCUCAGCCGGGUUCGCACACUGGAGGGAGUAGCGAUUGUGGCGCAGGACGAUAACAAAUUAAUGGCUCAACCGUCUGAAAAGUUACUUGUGGAGAUGGCUCGACUUCGUAGUUUGUAGAUGUAUUUUUAAAAUGUCAUUACUAAUGGAUAAUAAAUCGGUAUCAUUUGAAAUUUGAAAUAUUUAACUUUAAUUUAAUUUUUGGCAUACACAAGGCUGGCAUAAAUCAGAUAAGAUGAAAAGAAUUAAAUAAGCUAUGCGGUAAAACCGCUGAAAACUCUAUUUUUUCAAUAAUAUAUUAUGGGCAAAUUAGAAAGAGAGAAAAAGUACAAAACAAGAUGCAGUACCCAUUAUUUGAAACUAAUAUUUCGGGGAGAAAAUAGGAGCAUAUCAGAGGGCCGGAAUUUGCCAAAUUCGCAUUCGCCAUCUGUACCAGUCGUCGGGCAAAGUGACCUCUCAUUUGCUCCUAUUUUCUCCCCGAAAUAUUAGUUUCAAAUAAUGGGUACUGCAUCUUGUUUUGUACUUUUUCUCUCUUUCUAAUUUGCCCAUAAUAUAUUAUUGAAAAAAUAGAGUUUUCAGCGGUUUUACCGCAUAGCUUAUAUCCUUGAGAAUCUCAUAUUCUCUCUCUCAAUCAGAAGCUUAUAGACAUAAAAUAAAUCCCCUAACCAAAAUAAGUAGAUUCGAAACUCGCAAUAAAUUGUCAUGCAUUUUGACGCCAAGAACUUAUGACCUCAUAUAUGUGCCUCCGAUCGUACAAGGCAUACAUGCCUAGCUCCAACUAAUCCUCAGGGUACAACCGGUAGUACAUAAUUGGCAAAUAUAUGAUGAAAAAUCCAUUUAUAAAACUUUUUCUCAUUCAUAAAAUUGGAGAAAUGGCUCUUCGUGUGUAGAACAAUGUUAUUUUAGUCAUUCUUUUAAUGGUUCAGCACACUUCAAAAAUUAACAACACAAAUGAGUAACUAAUCAUUUUCUUUUAAAAAUGUUUGAUACCACAUCCCGACAAAACAAGCAAUUUUUCUAAUAAAUAAAAUUUUAUAGCAUACAAAGCAUUGUUUUUAUUUAAGUGGUUAAAAUAAAUUUAUGACUUCCUCUACAGUAAAAUAUUUAUAAAAUUGUACUUGAGUUUAGAUUUAAUGUGUAUUAAUACUUUUUUUGCAAAUGGCACAUCUCUCGCGUCAUGUUAAUCAGUUUAUUGAGAUCGAUACACGAGAACAAUCAAAAUGUUUGGGAAUAAAUGGAUUAUUAAGGGUUCGGUGUGUUGGAUCCUAGCAGUAGCAUCUUUUAUGGUAAGCACCAACCACAUAAGGAUUCGUUUCAUCUUACUCUCAAAUUCUAAAUUGUAUCCAUUUAUUUGCCAAUAGCGACUUGGAAUCAGUUUUGCCGAGGUUUCCAGAAAUUUCGAGUAUUGGCAGGAUUCUCGUGACCCUUGGGUAGGUUUAGCCGUGAUGAUGAGCGAGAUCGGUGGCAUCCAAUGUCAAAGAGGUUUCUAUAACCAAUCCGACUUAUUUAUCGAUGCUGUCUACCAUUGUGCAAAUUUAGAGCAUGUUCAGCGGACGAGAAAAGUAUUUUCAGAUGAACGGGUUGACUGGGAUGGCGAUACUCCAAUGAUUUGUUUGAAGACGUGCGUUGCUAGAGAAUCUGGUGCAAUGAACGACGAUAGCACAGGCUUGGAUAGAGAAAGGACGCGUGCUCUAUUUUUUGAAGGAAUGUUAAAACCAGGAGGCAACAUGACAACUCGAGUAAUCACGGAAGAGCUGUUAAAAUGCGACAAAAAACAUCCAACCGUUUUCCCUCAACGUUACACAAAUUGCACAAACACUGAAGAAGUUUUCAAGUGUUAUGGGAAAGCAUUUAAUAAUUGCCGAGACCGAAAGGAAUCAGCGUAGAUGAGCUUUUCCCGAUCCAAUUCGAUGGAAUAUAACUGGAGGAAAUGAUUUAAAAAUUGGUCGCAGAUACCCACCUCAUUUGUACAUAACAAAAUUCUACUGACAAUCCAUAGAGCUUAAAAAGUAAUCUAAUUAACUGAUAUGUUUUUAAUUUAAAUAAAUAAUAAUAAAAAAGCUC